AUGUCUCAGACUGUUGUUCUCAGAGUGGCUAUGACAUGCGAGGGAUGUGUGGGAGCUGUGAAAAGAGUCCUUGGGAAAAUGGAAGGUGUGGAGUCAUUUGAUGUGGAUUUAAAGGAGCAGAAAGUGACUGUCAAAGGCAACGUCCAGCCAGAAGCUGUUUUGCAGACUGUCUCAAAAACAGGAAAGAAAUCUGCUUUCUGGGAAUCCGAAGCUGAAUCCGCCAAGGCCUAA